AUGCGCCAGCCGGACGAGUGGAAGGGCUAUGCAGUGCCGGGGGGUGGCAUCGUCACAGUUCCCCUGGACGGUCCGGUGGCGUUGGAGGAGUUUGAGCAGCUGGACCCGAAGACCAAGUACAUGUUGCUGCAGCGCGCGCAGGAGGCUUGGUUCGGGGAGUCCCGGCUGAAGGCUGCAGAGGCGAAGGACGACAUGGGCGCCUUCGUCAAUGUGCAGCUGGAGAUGUUCUUGCGACACAUUCGAACAAACAAGGAGCUGGAGAAGGUGAAGAAGAGCAUGGCCGAGCAGGUGUCCCGACCUGUGGGUGAUGAGAUCGCAGAGGGCGAGGUGUAUCGACCUCCGAGCUUCUUGCAGCAGCAGCCGCCGGAGCCGGGGGUGCCGGAGCCCGGAGCGCCCGGAGCGCCCGCAGCGCCCGGAGCGCCCGCCCGGCGGCGCAAGAAGCGGCCCAGGCAGCUGGACGGAGCUGACCCUGUGCGGCUGUCAGGCACCAUUUGCGCUGCAGAGUGGUUGGGGGAGGAGCGCGAGGAGCGAUCCCUCGAAGCCUUCCGGUCUUGCAACCUGAGAGCUGGUGCGGCUCCUUCGCAAGACGCCGAGACCGCAGAGGAUCUAUUCGGGUCCUCCUACUUCGAUGACGAACUUGUUUCAGCUGCGGCGGAUCGCUUGCCGGCCGUGCCGCAGAACACGACCUUUCCGGCGGUUUCAGCUGCGGCGGAUCGUUUGCCGGCCGAGCCGCAGAACGCAGCCUCUCCAGCGGUUUCAGCUGCGGCGGAUCGUUUGCCGGCCGAGCCGCAGAACGCAGCCUCUCCAGCGGUUUCAGCUGCGGCGGAUCGUUUGCCGGCCGAGCCGCAGAACGCAGCCUCUCCAGCGGUUUCAGCUGCAGCCGCUCCUUUGCCGGCCGAGCCGCAGAACGCGGUCUCUCCAGCGGUUUCAGCUGCAGCCGCUCCUUUGCCGGGCGAGCCGCAGAACGCGGUCUCUCCAGCGGUCUCAACGGGUGCCAAGCCACCACUAGCCGAGCAGCAGGCGGACUCUUGCAUGGAAAUCUCAGCGGGUGCCAAGCCACCACCAGCCGAGCAGCAGGCGGACUCUUGCAUGGAAAUCUCAGCGGGUGCCAAGCCACCACCAGCCGAGCAGCAGGCGGACUCUUGCAUGGAAGUCUCAGCGGGUGCCAAGCCACCACCAGCUGAGCAGCAGGUUUCAGCUGCAGCCGCUCCUUUGCCGGCCGAGCCGCAGAACGCGGUCUCUCCAGCGGUUUCAGCUGCAGCCGCUCCUUUGCCGGCCGAGCCGCAGAACGCGGUCUCUCCAGCGGUUUCAGCUGCAGCCGCUCCUUUGCCGGCCGAGCCGCAGAACGCGGUCUCUCCAGCGGUUUCAGCUGCAGCCGCUCCUUUGCCGGCCGAGCCGCAGAACGCGGUCUCUCCAGCGGUUUCAGCUGCAGCCGCUCCUUUGCCGGCCGAGCCGCAGAACGCGGUCUCUCCAGCGGUUUCAGCUGCAGCCGCUCCUUUGCCGGCCGAGCCGCAGAACGCGGUCUCUCCAGCGGCCAGGAUGGCUUCUGGGCAGGAACUGAACGUGACUCCGACGGCGUGGUGCGCGACACACUUCCAGUACCGCUGGCGCUGCCAGCAGGACGGCGUGGCACACAGCUGCGAGGUGCAGCAAGAAGCCGCUUCGGCGCGAGGGAAGGGCAAGGGCAAGGGCAAGGCCCGCGAGGAAACAUCUCUGGGAGACGAUGAGCUGGAGGAGUUGGAGUUCCAGCGCUUGGCGGCCGAAUUGGAGGACGAGCACCAGGAGCUGCGUGCUGAGGCGCGGCGUGCCAAGCGGGGCGCCGACAUCGUCACGCCGGAGAUGCAGGCGGACGUCGAAGGGCUUUUGGAAGCGCUGGGCAUUCCGUUCGUCCAUGCACCAGCGGAGGCUGAGGCUCAGUGCGCGUUCCUUGCAGAGGCACGUCUGGUCGAUGCCGUGGCUUCCGACGAUUCCGACGUGCUCGUCUUCGGAGCCCGCGAGGUUUACCGGCGGAUGUUUUCGGAGGACCACCAGGUGGAAUGCUACAGCGCAGCACGGCUGGAAACUCGCCUGGGAUUGUUGCAUGACCACAUGAUUGUUUUGGCCAUGCUGCUGGGCUGCGACUACACCCUUGGCGUGCACGGGGUGGGAAUCGUCAAUGGGCUCGAGAUUGUCCGGGCCUUCACCCCGGGUCGCAACAUGGGCAACGAGGAGUGGCUGCAGCGCCUCCAGUCCUUUCGCUCCUGGGCGCAGAACGUGGCAAACUGGGGCCAGGAGACUGCGGGGGUCCAAGACCAGGACAGCAAGGCCUUGGCAGAGUUCAAGCGCAAGCACACCAACUUCCGCACGCAGUGGUCCUUCCCCGAGGACUUCCCGAGCGCUGCUGUGAUGGAUGCAUUCCGCGUACCUGAGGUGGACCGCACCUUGGAACCCUUCAGCUGGGCAGAUGUGGACCUUCAACGGGUGACAGCGCAGCUGGUCCGCGUGGCGGAUCUCUCAGAGGAGAAGGUCAUGGAGCGACUCGAGCCGGCUUUGCGGCGGUACCAGGACACGCUGCGGCAGCCCCGUAUCACGGAGUACCUCUUGCCCGCUGCGGGGGACGUGGCGGUAGUGAGGUCCAGUCGCAUGCAGCAGGCGCUGCGCGGUUUGCGCGGGGAGUCCCCGGACAUGGACGCGGAAGAACGCGGACGAGGACGUGGACGUCGCCGUGGCCAGGCGCGGCGCGGCCGUGGUCGUGGCCGCCGGGCCCAGAAGGCCGAAGCUCCGGCAGCUUUCGCCAGCUUGCGCGGGGCAGCAAGCAUCGAGCUGGACAGUGAUGAAGACGCAUGA